AUGACGCGCGCAAGACGGGGCCGAGCGGCUGGGGCCCGGCGGUGGGUUAUGCGGAGGAGGGCGGUGGCGGCAGCGACGCCGCCGGGGGGCACCAUUCGCCCCAACCCCGCUGCGGCCUGGCCGCCCACGCCGAGGGCGGACUCGGCCGGCCCGCGGCCCCGCUCCCUGCAGCUCUGGGCCGGCAGCCGCGGCCGGAGCCCCAUCGGGGACCCGCAGGCCGUGAACCACGCGACUGACGUGGUUCCGGAUGUCUUCGCCAUGCGGGUGCUGCUGGAAGAUUCCGGGGAGAUGUUCCGACUGACAAACUGCCGCAGCAACAUGACGGUGCGGGAGCUCAAAGAGGAGCUGGACCUAACAGCCGGCAUCCCCUUCAACCUGCAGCGGCUGCAGUACCUGGACCAAGGAAUUUUGAUGGAUGAUGCUACGCUGAAGUUCCACGACGUUAUUCCUGGUGGAAUUAUUUCAUUAUGUAUCUGGCACUAUGAUGGAUGGACGGAGCUGGUUUUGGCGGCUGUGGAAGGGGAUUCCAGUAAGCUGGCUUGCCUCGGCGUUGCCGAAGACACUUUCUACCGAACUGCAAACUCGGGGCGUUUUGACGACAGGCAGUGGAAGAAGUGGAUUUCCCAGAGAGCAUUCGUGGCCUUGUAUGUUGCCUCACACAGGGGUCACUCGGAGGCUGUGCAAUACCUUCUAGAACAUGGUGCCAACUGUCAGGGAAGAUCCCCCGUGGGCAGGACGCCCCUGCAUGUGGCUGCAGCCAUGAGCCGGCUGGACUGUAUCAGCCUCCUGCUCAACUAUGGGGCCUCCAUCAACGACAAAGACGCCAAGGGGGAGACGCCCAUGUCCCUCGCCCGCCGCCUGAAUCGCACCCAGAGCGAGCGACGGAUGUUCCUCUUCUACUGGCUGGUGAAGAUGGGGACUAAGGACCCGCUGGACCCUGUGGUGAACAGGGCUUUCCAGAGAGUCAAGGCCGGGUUCGGCACCAAGAAGAAGGGCAAAGUGUAG